CCUGGUCAGUGUAGGAGUUAGUUUUGUGAAGUCAGUGUGUCUUCUACAACAAAAGCAGCCUCCUGAUGUUGUGUAAAUGCAGCCCAGACGACAGAGUGUCUUCAGGAACGGUCAGAUGGUAGGCGUGAAUGGAGGGGGGAAAGGGGGUGAACGGAAGGGGACGUACAGGAAAGGCUAAGGCCGCAUCUACACGUCACAUGGCCAGCAGAAAAGACUGGGCAAUGUUUAAUACCAACAAUUAUUUGUUCACCCUUGUUCCCGUUUUGAGUCGCGAAACUGUCGCAGUUUCAAGUGUAACUUCCUCCUCCCUGAGGGGUGUUUGUCGUCAGUCUCUCAGCCCGCAGAGCGAGGCUGACACACAGCCCGUGAACUUCCCGUCAAGACGCGGCACAAGCGAAAAGAGCUGCUGCUCGCAAAAAAGAGGAACGACAUCGGCAGUAGUCAAAAGUAAAAGGUGCGCACGAGUCGAAAACAAGAACCUCUGGACGGGGAAAGAGCGCUACAGCCUUCUAACGGCGGGGACGAGCCUUGUACUCGGCUAAUUAGCCUGCAUUGGUCCCUGCAGAAAGGGGCAGAAGGAGCGCGAGGCUGCUAGCUGGAGAGCGCGAGGCUGCUGGUGUGUGAGUGUCCGCCGCGACUGUUUCACCCACAAUCUGGACACUGUACUAUCAGGGCAAACCGGUGCUAAUUUUCGCAAUGGGAGCCUUCAUUGGGUAGUCCCCCUCCCUCCCCGUUUUACCCCCUUCGGACCCUGGCUAGGAUACGCCAUUCGGGCGCUGUAGGGGGGUACGAGAUCACCGUCGCCGGGUCGCUCUAACUCUCCAGGCGGCGGUUCGGUCUUCCGGACCCCUUCCCUGCUUCGCCCAUACGCCUGGCGUUCUGGUCGACCCCCCCCAGCCGAGCCCGAACAUGGCAGGGAACCUGAAAAAAGGUGUAGGGAUUAUCGGAAUGAUGAAGGAUGCCUUCCAGCCACACCAUCACCAUCUCCACUCCCAUCACCAGCCGGGGGCCGUUGACAAGAAGACGGUGGAGAAAUGCUGGAAACUGAUGGACAAGGUGGUGCGGUUGUGCCAAAACCCCAAAUUGGCUCUGAAGAACAGCCCCCCUUACAUCCUGGACUUGCUGCCAGACACCUACCAGCACCUGCGUACCAUCCUGUCACGCUACGACGGCAAAAUGGAGACACUAGGGGACAAUGAGUACUUCCGGGUCUUCGUGGAGAACCUGACUAAGAAGACCAAGCAGACCAUCAGCUUGUUUAAAGAAGGCAAGGAGCGAAUGUAUGAGGAAAAUUCUCAACCCAGGCGAAAUCUCACCAAACUGUCGCUGAUUUUCAGUCACAUGCUGGCUGAGCUGAAGGCCAUCUUCCCCAAUGGCCUGUUUCAGGGGGACAACUUCCGCAUUACUAAAGCAGAUGCAGCAGAGUUCUGGAGACGCGCUUUUGGGGACAAAACCAUUGUGCCUUGGAAGGUUUUCCGCCAGUCUCUCCACGAGUUCCAUCCCAUCAGCUCUGGGUUGGAGGCGAUGGCCCUCAAGUCCACCAUAGACCUCACCUGCAACGACUACAUCUCCGUGUUUGAGUUUGACAUCUUCACCAGAUUAUUCCAGCCCUGGUCAUCAUUGCUGCGGAACUGGAACAGCUUGGCAGUAACUCACCCGGGGUACAUGGCUUUCCUCACCUACGAUGAGGUCAAAGCUCGGCUUCAAAAGUUUAUCCACAAGCCCGGCAGUUACAUCUUCCGGCUGAGCUGUACACGGCUGGGCCAGUGGGCUAUCGGUUAUGUGACGGCAGACGGAAACAUUCUUCAGACCAUUCCCCAUAACAAACCCCUCUUCCAGGCACUCAUCGAUGGUUUUAGGGAAGGAUUCUACUUAUUCCCUGAUGGCCGAACCCAAAACCCCGACCUGACGGGGCUGUGCGAGCCAUCGCCUCAAGACCACAUCAAAGUCACGCAGGAGCAAUAUGAGCUGUACUGUGAGAUGGGCUCCACUUUCCAGCUUUGUAAGAUCUGUGCGGAGAAUGACAAGGACGUGAAGAUUGAACCAUGUGGCCAUCUCAUGUGCACCUCCUGUCUCACUGCCUGGCAGGAGUCGGAGGGUCAGGGCACGGGAUGUCCCUUCUGCCGCUGUGAGAUUAAAGGUACGGAGCCCAUCGUUGUCGACCCUUUUGACCCCAAGGACAACAGCAGAGGCUCUUGUCGAGGCACACUGGGAGCCGAGGGUGCACCUUCACCCUGCUACGACGACGAUGACGACGACAGACUUGAAGACCCCCACCUUAUGAUGAAAGAACUCUCCUCUUCAAAGGUGGAACGGCCCCCAUCACCCAUGUCCUCAGCUCCACAGGCCUCUCUUCCUCCAGUGCCUCCCAGACUCGAUCUGUUACCACACAGACCUCCGAGCACCCCUGGUGCUUCCAGUCCAGGGGCCACCAGUAAGGCAGCUACUCACCACAAAGACAAGCCUCUUCCUCUGCCCCCUUCACUGCGGGAGCUUCCUCCUCCUCCUCCUGACCGACCCCACACAGUCGGGGCGGCCCCCGAGGGCCGACUUCAGAGACGGCCUCUACCCUCCACUCCAGUGGAACCCCUUCGAGAUAAGCUCCCUCCUACGCCCCCAAACCGUCCUCUCUCUGACUGGAACUCCAGGCCCGUUCCCAAAGCCCCCAUCUCAUCUUCAUCAUCGUCUUCGUCUUCCUCCUCUUCAUCCACUCAAGUGUCAAGUUUAGGGGGAGACGUCCGAUCGGGGCUCAGGGAUCUGUCCAACAGACACUCCCUGCCCCUGGCGCUGCCUUCUGCUCUGGACAACCACGCCGAGUCCCAGACCAACAACAGCUCCAACAGUCUGGACCACCAACUGAGUUUUGGCUCAGUCAGUAGUCCAGAUUAUGACAGCCCUAAAGUGAAACCCUCAGCCUCGGCCAAUGCAAUCUAUGCACUGGCAAACAGACCGUCUUCGCUCUUCAGGCCAGUGACGGGAGAUGACGCCCAUGACAGCGAAGAAGACUCAGAAUACAUGAUCCCCUCUUCUCGACCCGUCACUGCUCCCCCUCCAGCAGAAAUCCCACCUGUCCCUAGGUCGCUGGCAACGCCCCAAGCACAGAUACAAGCAUCUAGUUCAAACUCAAGGUCAACACUGGCUGACCCAGAUGAGGCACCUUUUAUGCAUGAAGCCAUGUUCCACAUGCAGUCCAGGUCACAACAAGCCACAGACUCAGAUUAUUCCGAUUUGCCACCUUUAGCAGUGGCGAACGGUCCCAGAGAACAUGCAGCUGAAGACGGAGAAGAAGCUGACAACGAUUAUGACCUCCCAAAGCCCCGACUGCCGCAGCCCCCCGCUCGAAGAACCCUUUCAGAAAUCGGCGGAUCUUCGUCCUCCUCCUCGUCAUCGUCGUCCAGCUCAUUCUCUACCGUUGCUUUCAGCCGUCUUUCUCUGGAUUCAGAUGCUGGAGCUGCAGCUUCUUUGUCAGAGCCUCUGGAAGCGCCAGAAAGACCUCCAAAGCCUCUCCCCAGACGGAUCAACUCGGAGCGCCGGCCCAGCCCCGUCCCCCCAGUCCCCCCGCUUUGCGGAGCGACCGGAGGAGACGCCAGCCCUCAGAUCAGCAGUGAGAUCGAGCACCUCAUGAGUCAGGGAUACUCGUACCAGGACAUCCAGAAAGCACUGAUGAUUGCACAAAACAAUGUAGAAAUGGCCAAGAAUAUUCUACGCGAGUUUGUCUCCGUUCCCUCCACCACUCAUAUUCUCACAUAGCACAUUGUUGCACCUCUGUUGGCUCUUUCGCCCUGGCUUGGCCCAGCUUGGUUUGGUUCGUGUCGGCUUAGGCCAGCUGAAAGCCCCCUUGGUGGAGCGCUGCCUCCCGCGUCGUCUUACGCCUUUCGCCCCUGUGGAUUUAACUGGCUGUUUCUCCAGGCUUACAGCAUCUCUGGGAUUCUGCGCCCUGCACUCCAAGCGCUUUGAACAGGCCUUCGUUUUUUGUUUUUUUUUUGUUUUUUUUUUUUUUUUCUCCCGGCCUCAUUGGCUGCAUCAGCAUCUCCCCAGGAAUGAGACGCGGAGCUGCCAGAACCUGUCAUAGGAAUGCUGGGAAGACGGAUGCUUUGGUGUUUGAAAAAUGUUACCAACACCUCAUGAAUCAAACUAAAAGUGUGUAUCUAUAUGAAAAAUUUAAUAUAUGAGUGAAAAUAUAUUAAAUGUGUGUAAUAUAUACAGUACGUGCAUAUACGACAUGUGAAAAAAACUUGGAGGGUUGCAGUUGGUACAAACUACAUGGGCAGACAGGAAACCCUAAAGAGGAAGGGUUGGCCCUCUCUGUCCCAUGAGAAGGGGGCGUGUCUUGCCCCCCCAGUUGUGUUGGUCAGCAGGUUAAAACACAGCAGAUUAUUAUUAUUUUCUUCAGUCUGAUACGGCCCGUCUUGGUUCAUGUUGCUUUGGUACGCUUGGUGUCUUUGUUGUGUUUUUUUUUUUUUUUUUUUUUUAACCCAAAGUAGCAUGACAUCGGUGUCAGAUCUGGCCUUUGUGCUGGCAGAUUCUGUAUUAAAUGUGUGUGAGUGUGAGCAUGUCACAACCAGACAGACUUCUCAUGGCCUGAACACCCACCCCCCACCCCCAACAAACGUCUGUACAAAGUGAAUGUGGAAACACAGCCGGUGUGCUCGGACUUGCCCUCUUUGAACGUACUACUGCUCUAAGUGACACGGUGCGGCUCUGCUGCAGCUGUGAGAUGAUGAAAGGACGUGGUAACGUCAACGGCCCUGGCGGCGGCAGCAGCGGCAGACCGAUUAGAUGGUGCGUAACCCACGGCGACGGCAAUGUUUUAGUCUUUCUUUAACCUCACUGACUGGCUCAGGCUCCUUGUCUCCAGCUCAAGUCUGUUGUUACGAAACAAAAAGGUCAUUUCCUUUGACAUAUUGUACCAUGAUCAUAAAUAUUACGAUUUUUAUUUUUGUCAGAAGUGCUUCACUGCUGCUACUAUUAGUGCUAAACGACAAAGCCUUAAAUGUACAUUUGUGAAUAAUGUUUCUUUACAGUGACAGUAUCUUUUUGUUUUUUCCAGUUCAUAAUGUAGCAUACUUGAAAAUGAAAGCAGCUUGGGAGGCCGCAGUUCCCUCAAGUUGUCGACUUGUCAGUGUUUUUGUUUUUUUUAAGUAUAUCUCUGUAUAAACUCUGUAAAGUAACUUUGUCUCGUCCCUCUGUGGCGCCGGUGCUUGCUGCUCUUAAAAGGCGGCGACUGCUGCGACCCGUCGAGACGUGAGUUUGGGGGGCCUGCUGGCCCCGCCCACAAGCCUACGUUAAAAAUCAGUGUUUGGGCCGACUGUAAGAACUCAGGAAUACUGCUUGUCUAAAAAGGUGGUGUAGGACGAAGCUGUCAGAAAAGCCGGAAUUUCGGCAGCAGCUCAUGAAGCCAGAAGUUACCCGCUUGAUGAAGUCACACAAGUAGCCUAAAACGUUUUCCUCGUCCCUCUGCAACUUGCACAUUUGUCUGUAUUCUUUCCAGUGCUGGAUGGCAGGAUGGAAAAGGUACUAAUGAUUGAAAAAAGACACUCAUACAAGCAGCUUUUUGGUACAUGAGCUUGAACCUGUCCCUGCUUAGGAAGAAUGUGUGCGAGUUAUGUUAACUGCUAAGCAGUCCCAGUGUCUUGUGGGUAAUGCUGUCUGUUGACUGGAUACUGUCUACGCUGACUUGCCAUCUUUUCUGCUUCUUCUUCUGUUAGUUGCCUUGAAAAAAAGAACUUCUUGAACGAGGGGGGCUUGGAUACUGUACCAAGGUUUUUUUUGUUUUUUAUGAAUAAAAAGCACCGUGUAUUAAGAAGUUUAGUUUUUGCACAGUAUAAACCAUUUUGUGCUUUGAUACUGUCACUCUAAAGAAAAGAAACAUGUUUGAAAUUUAAAAAGAAGAAAAAGUUUUUGUUUGUUUGUUUUUUUCAUUUUGCAUUCCUGUAUGUUUUGUUUACUGAUGUGACUGAUCCCUUCAGCGGUGCCAUAUGUUUCGAGGCCGUCACCAUGUUCUGGGCGGGGUCUGGCUUUAACGGCGUUUUCCCGUGGAUCUGUGCGGGCACGGUUGUGCGGUAACGCUCCCAUUGACCUGUCCUUUGCGUGAUCUGUGAGCGCUCAGCGGGGACCGUCCUUUUGCUCGCUCAUCGCAGACCAGCACCCAGGCAAAGGUGCUUCUUCCUGCUUGGCCCCCCAACUUUUUUUUCUUCUUUUUUUUUUUUUUUACUGCCAGCCCAACUACCAGUGUACUAAGAUUCACCAGGAGAGGGAGCCAUUGUAUCACAUUGCUUCUCUUCAGUAGGACCUUUUUAAGUUCAUAUCAGUUUGAAAGUCUGCACAUUGCUGUUAAUAAAAUAUGCGAGUAAAAGCA